UCGUGCCCAACCCAAGUUCAAAGGCUGACGAGAGAGAAAAACUCAUGAGGAGGUUUUACUCUAGGGAAAGUUGUUCAGUGAGGGGGAGUGUGUCGCACAGGGAAAGAUGUCAGGCUAUUCCUGGCUCUUUCUCAGCCUUGUGGCUGUAACUGCUGCUCAAUCCCCCAAUGAGGAAAAGGCCACGAAAUUUUUGGAGGGUUUUAACUCACAAGCCGAAGACCUGUCUUUUGAAAGUGCACUUGCUGCUUGGGAUUAUAACACCAAUAUUACCAACGAGAAUGCCCAAAAAAUGAAUGAGGCUGCCAGCAAUUGGUCUGCCUUUUAUGAAGAACAGUCCAAGCUUGCCAAAAUUUAUCCACUAGAAGAAAUUCAGAAUUCUUCAACCAAGCGUCAAUUGCAGAUCCUUCAGCAGAAUGGGGCAUCAGUGCUCACAGAAGACAAGAGCAAACGAUUGAACACAAUUCUAAGUACAAUGAGCACCAUCUACAGUACUGGAAAAGUUUGUAACCCAAAUAAUCCACAGGAGUGCUUAGCACUUGAACCAGGCUUGGAUGACAUAAUGCAAAAUAGCAAGGAUUACAAUCAAAGGCUCUGGGCUUGGGAAGGCUGGAGGUCUGAGGUCGGCAAGCAGCUGAGGCCAUUAUAUGAAGAGUAUGUGGCCCUGAAAAAUGAGAUGGCAAGAGGAAACAAUUACGAGGACUAUGGGGACUAUUGGAGAGGAGAUUAUGAAACAGAAGGGGGAAAUGGCUAUAACUAUAGCCGCAACCAGUUGAUUGAAGAUGUGGACCGCAUCUUUUUAGAGAUUAAACCAUUAUAUGAACAUCUUCAUGCUUAUGUGAGGGCAAAGUUGAUGAAUACCUACCCUUCCCGUAUCAGUCCGACUGGAUGCCUCCCUGCCCAUUUGCUUGGUGAUAUGUGGGGUAGAUUUUGGACAAAUCUCUACAAUGUGACAGUCCCCUUUGAACACAAACCAAACAUAGAUGUUACGGAUGAAAUGCAGAAACAGUCCUGGAGUGCAGAGAAGAUAUUCAAAGAAGCUGAGAAGUUUUAUGUGUCUGUUGGCCUUCCUAAUAUGACUGAAGGAUUCUGGAAUAACUCCAUGCUAACUGAGCCAGGCGAUGGUCGGAAAGUAGUCUGCCACCCCACAGCUUGGGACCUGGGGAAAGGUGACUUCAGGAUCAAGAUGUGCACAAAGGUGACAAUGGACGACUUCCUGACAGCCCAUCAUGAGAUGGGACAUAUCCAGUAUGACAUGGCAUAUUCCACACAACCCUACCUACUAAGAAAUGGAGCUAAUGAAGGGUUCCAUGAAGCUGUUGGGGAAGUCAUGUCACUUUCUGUAGCUACACCUAAGCAUCUGAAAGGCAUGGGUCUUCUGUCGCAUGAUUUUUCUGAAGACGAUGAAACAGACAUAAACUUCCUACUCAAACAAGCCCUUACUAUUGUUGGAACCCUGCCGUUCACUUACAUGUUAGAAAAGUGGAGGUGGAUGGUCUUCAGGGGUGAAAUUCCUAAGGAGCAGUGGAUGAAAAAGUGGUGGGAGAUGAAGCGAGAUAUAGUCGGGGUGGUGGAACCUGUGCCGCAUGAUGAAACAUACUGUGACCCUGCAUCUCUCUUCCAUGUUGCUAAUGAUUACUCAUUCAUCCGUUAUUUCACAAGGACCAUUUUUGAAUUCCAGUUUCAAGAAGCCCUCUGUCAAACAGCUAAACAUGAAGGUCCCCUGCAUAAAUGUGAUAUCUCAAAUUCCACGGAUGCUGGGAAUAAGCUGCUCCAAAUGCUGAAACUUGGAAAAUCAGAACCCUGGACCUCAGCACUGGAGAAGAUUGUAGGAACAAAGAAAAUGGAUGCAAAACCACUGCUCAACUACUUUGAGCCUUUGUUUACCUGGCUGAAAAAACAGAAUGGGGAUUCUGUGGGAUGGCGCUCUGACUGGAGUCCAUAUGCUGAUCAAAGCAUCAAAGUGAGGAUAAGCCUAAAAUCAGCUCUUGGAGACAAAGCAUAUGAAUGGAAUGAUAAUGAACUGUACUUGUUCCAGUCAUCAGUUGCAUAUGCCAUGAGGGCAUAUUUUUCCAAAGUGAAAAACCAGACGGUUCUUUUUACGGCAGAGGACGUGCGGGUGACUGAUAAGGAACCAAGAAUCUCCUUCAAGUUCAUUGUGACUUCACCUAAAAAUGUGUCUGACCUUAUUCCUAGAAGUGAAGUUGAAGAUGCCAUCAGGAUGUCCCGGAGCCGUAUCAAUGAUGCUUUUCGCCUGGAUGACAACAGCCUGGAGUUUCUGGGUAUUCAGCCUACACUGGGACCCCCUUACCAGCCACCUGUCACCAUAUGGCUGAUUGUUUUUGGGGUCGUGAUGGGAGUAGUAGUGAUUGGUAUUGCUGCGCUCAUCUUCACAGGAAUCAGAGACCGAAAGAAGAAAAAUCAAGCAAGAAGUGAAGAAAAUCCUUAUUCUUCUGUGAAUCUGAGUAAAGGAGAAAAUAAUCCAGGAUUCCAAAGUGCUGAUGAUGUUCAGACUUCAUUUUAGAAAAAUCAAUUUUGUUUCCCCUUAAGGUGAUUUUAUUAUAUGUAAAUGUUAAUUUCACAUUACAGAAAAUAUGAGAUUAUAAAGAUGUCAUUAAACAUCAAAACCAUGCCUCUGUUCAGGAAGGUUGUCCAAAUAAGACACGCUGACGAGAGGGCCUCUUGCAUUGCUUUUAGUACAGUAUUUACUUCUGUCUCAAAAUUUCACUUCUCAUCUGUUUCCUAAAAGAGAGAUUUAUCUUUGAGAAUAAUAGAGAAAGUGUGUCUUUGGCCUCCCAGGUUGUUCAGGGGUAAUGGAAAUGCAAAUAUCUGUUGUGUUGCUGGAGUUGAAUAAAAACCCAAAAGGCUUAUAGGGCGGGAGGAUUCAGUGUAAGAGCCUUGCAUGGAGUCUGGCUGGCUGGCUUUUCAGAACAGUCCACUGAACUGAUGGAGCCGCAGGGAUUGACAAUGACACACAUUGUCAACUUUAUUUUAAUUCAAGUGUAAAGGAUGACACGUUCUCUUCACAUCAACUUAAUCUAAGUACUAUAGUGACUUGCCCAGUGAUGAUUGGACUAGAUCAUGUCUUCCUCGGGGUGACAAGUCUAAAGAAGAGAGAAGAAACCAGGGAGUGUCGGAAGACGUUGCCUUCUCACUUCCAAGCUACUUCAUCAUCUCCCGGGGCCUCCAAGACGCCCUCCACCCAGCACACCUGGUACAAACUCACUUCCGUUGUUCUCUAACCGUGGAGUGAAUAGAAACCCCAACUGCAUGAGACCCUCUGAAGUGGGCACCCAACCUCUUAAAUCUUUUGUAUUCACCCACAAUGUCUGAGUAACACUGAGCACAAAGUAGACACUCAAUAAAUACUAGAUUUGCACA